AUGUCGUUGAAUGAGCUUGUUGAUAUGUAUAACCAAAAGUUAAAUUAUAAUGGUAGUCGAUCAACAAUUGCAACUGAUCCAUCACAUCGUACACCUCAAUCAACAUUUACAAUGAAUACUGGAUAUGAUUCUUCUAUGGCUGAUUCAAGAAGUGCAAUGAUGACAGAUAAUAAUAAUAAUAAUUUAACUUUUACACAGAAUGCAUCAUCAACAUUAAUAUUUGAUUCGGAUACAUCACGUUUUGAUUUAAAUGAUCGUGUACUUGCUGGUGAAGUUGUUCGACCACCUCCACAUAAUAAUCAGCCACGUAUUGAACGUAUUAAAUUUGCUGAUAAACUUGUAUUUUCAUCAGGUGAAGCUGAAAUAGAUGAUUAUGAAAAUAAUGAAGAAUAUAACACAAAAUAUCCCGAUAUCAAACCUCAAUUAAAUAUAAUUAAUGCCCAACAAGCACAAAUACCGCCUGUUGAUAUGUUUACUAAUCCAGGCGAACAAAUUCAACGUUUAAUUCAACAAGGAAAAUUAAAAAAUUUUCAUGGUUAUAUUAAUUAUCCAUAUAAUUAUCUGGAACCUCCAUGGCAUUUUACUGAAAUUGAAGAUCAACAAGGUUAUGUUAAUCAUAAUCCACCUCGAUCACAUUUAACAGCUGAUGAUAUAGAAAAUAAUACAGUUGACGAUACGUUAGAUAUUCAAUUACCUAGUGGAGUUCCUCAAGAACCUAUUUCACAAGAUCGUUAUGAAAUAAUUCCAUUACCUAAAAUGGUUUAUGAAAAUUAUGUUCCAUUGAUUGCAACACGUCGAAUUGUUUAUCGUCGACCACAAUCAAAUCGUGCGUCUACUGAUUUAACUUCUCAACAAACACAAAAUUCUUCUUUUACCGCUUCGAAACUACCUCAAGUCGAUGAAAUGACAUAUAAAUUCUAA